UCCCAAGUCGCCAACCAUGAGGAGGGAUCUCACUGUUGGUCGAUGAGGGGGAGCGGUUGGUCGAAUGGAAAUGAGAAAUAUAAUAGGGUUUGGGAUUUUCCAAAAAAAGCUACACUUUCCCUCUUUAUUAGUUGUUUUGGGCGUCGCCCACCAGAGUGAAAACGCGUCUCCGAGUGCCUAGGUGCCUAGAUCAAUCGCACAGGGCUAGACGGGGCGAUUUCCUCCUGCCCAGCUAUUAAUCGCGCCUAGGCGAGAGAUUAAUCGCGUCUUCUUGAACACCACUGUCAAGGCUAGACAAGAUUUGGAAAAUAUGAGGAUAAGGAAUGAGUUGCAUCUCAUAGAGAGAUCUGAUGGGAAAUAUGAGAUGCCAAUUGCUUGUUACACCAUGACAAAGGAAGAACGUAGGGACUUUUGUCAAUUCCUAAAGAAAGUUAAAUUCCCUGAUGCGUAUGCUUCUAACAUCUCUCGAUGUGCAAAUGUCACUGAAGGAAAAGUGAUAGGCUUAAAAAGCCACGACUGUCAUGUCUUGCUUCAACGGUUGUUGCCUAUCGGUGUUCGGGGAAGUAUAGAUCAACGUGUCGCAAGUGUAUUGUCUGAGCUAGGUGAUUUUUUUCAUCGUUUAUGCUGCAAGACUGUGUGUGAAGAUGCAUUAGGAAAGUUACAAGAAGACAUCAUCAUUAUUCUAUGCAAGUUGGAAAUGAUUUAUCCCUCGGCUUAUUUCGAUGUAAUGGUACAUCUGGCGAUCCACCUACCAAAUGAAGUAAAGCUUGGUGGUCCUGUUAAAUAUCGAUGGAUGUACCCAAUUGAAAGGUGUGACUAAUUUCUGUGAUCUAAUUAGUCAAUUAUGGAUUAAGUCUUUGCAUAUACAGUCUAAUAUUUCUUGGGAAUGUUUGUUAGGUAUCUAAACACUUUGAAAGGAUUUGUUCGAAAUAGAGCUCGGCCUGAAGGUUCUAUCGCCGAGUCAUAUAUUGUCGAUGAAUGCCUUACAUUUUGUUCAAUGUAUCUUGAUGGAGUGGAGACUCAAUUCAAUGAACAUGAGAGAAACUUUGAUAACGAGGUAGAUGGAAAUUUAUCAGUUUUCUCAAGUAAUGCACGACCACUAAGUGGGGGAGAUACUAUCUCAAUGUCAGCGCAUGAAUUGGAUAUGGCUCAUUGGUAUGUGUUGAGUAAUGCCGAAGAGGUUAUACCAUACUUGGAGUAAGUUAAAUAUCCAUUCAAAUCUCAUUUAGAUGUAAAAUAUCUUUAAUUAUCUCACAUAUGGCUGCUGGUAUUAGGGAACAUCUAAAUUCUAUUAAUGUCGAUGAUAUUGGAAGAAAACAAGAGUUGCACUGAAGGCAAUUUCCAAGUUGGUUUAAAACAAAGGUGAACCAAUGUGAAUGUAAAAUGCGCUGUGAGUGAAUAUGAACGCCAAUUAUAGAAAUCAAUUUUUAAUUAACUAUUUCUUAAUCAUUUGUAGAUAAAUAAUGCAUUGGGUACCAAUAAGGAUGAGCAGAUGUUGGCAUUACACUCGCUAUCUUGUGGACCAGUACCUGGUCCUGUUAGUUAUACGAGAUGCAUUGUCAAUGGGGUUCGAUUUCAUACCAAGGAUCGAGAAAGUCGCCGUAACACUCAGAAUAGUGGCAUUGUUGUUGAGGGAAACCAUCUUGACGAUGUUAUCGACUUUUAUGGGGUUCUCGUGGAUAUUAUUCGAUUGGAUUAUGUUAGAGACAAACAUGUCCUUCUAUUCAAGUGCGAGUGGUUCGAUGUGGACAAACGAAAGGCAAGAAUAGUGGACCGUCUUUGGUAUUCCGCAGAUCCAUAUGUUCUUGCUAAUCAAGCCAAGCAAGUAUUUUACAUCAACGAUCCAAAGUUGGGGUUAAAUUGGCGAGUUGUCCAACGAUUCAACCAUCGUCAUAUAUUUAGUGAAGAUAUUGACGUUACCAAUAUUUUGGAUGAUCCCGAGAUGGUACAUGAAGAUGAUGCCUACCAAGAUGAGGAAUUAACAAAUAUACAAUCUACUGUCUUGAAUGUUGAUGGUGAUGGUGUCAGGGCAUUGCAUAGAGAGGGUGUUAUAGCUGAGGUGGUUUGAUCGAGUGGUUGUAGAAGGGAAUAUAAGAGUUGAAUCGCAUCAGGUUGAAGAAGAGCAAGAAUCUGACCAUCUUAGUGACGAUGAAGACGAGCUGGAUUUGUUGUCAUCUGGGUCCCAAGAUGAAGAUGAAAUAUCCUUGCAUUCUGUUAGCGAUGAUGAAAUUGCAAAUUGAAUAUUAGUAGAUAACAUUAUGGAACCUGACAGUAAACUAGUUUAUGUGUUUGAUGUUGUUACGUCAUUUCUUAUUUUUCUACACUUCAACUAUGAACUCUGAUUAGUUAUAUGGAAGUGUUUAUGUGUUUGCAAUUGUGCACUUUAAUUUGUUCUGUGAAAGUGUUUCAUCUGUGCAUUUUAAUAAUUUUCUUAUAAGCUC